AUGUUAAAAUUAAAUAAAAAAGUUUUAUCUGAUUUUGGUCUUGAUAUACCAGAUGUUAUAAUGACUGGUCUUUCAAAUGAAUUAAAAGAAAAAACAAUUCAACAAUCAAUUAAACCAUCAAAUCAAACAUCAAAACAUUUGAAUAAAAGAAAAAAUAUUUCAAAUCUUAAUUAUGAAGAAGUAAAACAAGAAUAUCUUCAACAACAAGAACAAAUUGAAAUUCUUCAAGCUAAAAUUCGUCGACUUGAACAUGUUCUCAAAUUAAAAGAUAUGAUAAUAAAUGAAUUAUUAACUAUUCUUCAACAUAAACAACCGAAUCAUUAA